AUGGCGCCAGCGCUUGCUGUUGACAAGUGGGGAACAAACGGCUUCAUCGCAAAGCUGCCCCCAGCAGGCGUCUUGACGGGAUUUUGGAAGGACGAUCAGGGGCACAGCACCAAGCUCGAGACCGACGCGCCGACGCUCGCACUCGCGGCGUCUGCCUCGCGCAAACCCAACGAGGCCGCGGAGCUCCUGCUCCACCAAGACGUCCUCGGGGGUGGGGGGGCGCUGUUCGGUGCCCGUCCGGACGCUGCCGGCGCGGCCAUCGUUGGCGACGGCUCGCUCGCCGACUCCACCGUCAACUCCCUCGGUGUCACGUGCGGCGGCGGCGGCGCCCCAGUGUGGUGCGCGGAGCCGCCGCAGCAGCCGCUCGCCGAGCUCUGCGUCUCUGAGGAUCCGAUCGAGGCCUCGGGCUCCACGAGGAGCGAGACGGUCUGCACGACCGCCACGGCCCACUCCAAGAUCGCGGCCGAAGUGACGGACACAAAGGCGGACUGCACGUAUGCCACGGCCCACUCCAACGUCGAGAUCGGGAUCGGUAAGACCUACCCGACUACCUCCAUGAAGCUCAACAUCGGCGCCUACGCCGAGCUCGCCCCCUUAUUUGACGAGACUUCCGGCGCGACGAAGAUCGGCGACCCCUCACUCGAGGAGAGCUUCACGACCGCCACGCCCCUCUCAGAGAUCGAUGUGGCCUCGCUGCUCUUUCUCCACCCUUGUGCGGCCGUGCUGGCGCUGCUCCUCGCGGCGUGCCUUGAGCCGCUGCUGCGUGGGCAGGUCAAGAAGAAGAGGGGCGUAUGGGGCACCCCAGCGGCACCGCCCGUCAACGUCAGCAGCCCGUGCUCGCUCACGGACGGCGGCUGGUGCGCCGCGUCGCCAAACUACCCGAACAGCUACGGCAACAGCGAGGAGUGCACCAUCAGCGGUGUGCCGCCGGUCGGGCUGGAGGUGAUCGGUUUUGAUGUGGAGGCGUACGGCUGCCGCUACGACUAUCUCACCGUCAACGGCACAAAGUACUGCGGCACGUCGGGGCCGAGUGGCGCGGUGGCGGAGGACGGCGUCAUCGAGUGGCGAUCGGAUGGCUACGAAGACGCUACUUCAACUCCUGCCGACGUCUCCGUCUACCUGCCUCCCAGUGCGCACUUCAAGCUGAGCCGCCAGAUCAGCUGCACCUCCAACAUCAAGGUGACCGUCGCGAGCAGCGGCGAGGGCGCGACGCUCGACGGCCAGGAAGAGACCGCGCUCUUUUACCUCUCGGGCGGCUGCAGCCUCACCCUGCGGGGGCUGACCCUCGUCAACGGGUGGGCGGGUAGCGGCGGCGUUGUGUAUGCGUACGGCGCAGGCGCCGUCGAGAUCAUCGACUCGAAGAUGAAGGACUGCUCUGCUGAAUACGGCGGCGUCGUCUACACGAGGGACAGCGGUGCGGUCUCGAUAACCAGAUCGAAUGUGGAGGGGUGCUCGGCUUCCUAUCGAGGCGGCGUCGUCUACGCGGCGUACAGCGAGUCCCUCUCCAUCGCGGGUGUCGACUUCAUCAACAACUCGGCUUCAACAGGCUCGGUGCUGUACCUGCUAAACCACGAACAAACCUCCAUCAGCAACGCCUCCUUCACUGGCAACGACGGUGUCACGAUACAGACUGAAAACUCGGAGAUAGACUGGGACUGCCGCUUGGGCAGCUGGAUGCCGACCAAGGGCGCCUUUGAAGGCGACUUCA